ACUUAUAAAAAGGCUUAACACUUGUAUUUUGUUUGCUAAAUUUGUUUUACUACUAACUUAAAAUCUGCUUUGUAUGCUUUCCCGUCAAUCUAGGACUUUUAAUUUGACACGUCUAUAGCUAAAGCCACUGAAACUAACAGCUAGAUAGCUAGUUACCUAACCGGCUAACUUUGAAAAUACUAGCUAGCAACAUACAUUAAGUGUGACAUAUUCUGGAUUCUUUUCAGUAAUGCUGUGUUGUUUUGUUCUUUUUUUUCCGAAGUCAUGCUCAAACGUUGUGAGGUAAACGUCGAGGUUAAAUGCAGACCAGAAGGUUUUUGGUCAGCCACCGAGGUGUGGAUACAGAAACCUCACGUCGCGAACAAGCGGCUGUGCGGAGCAAAAGUAAGCGAGUAUGCGGACGUGGAUGCUGAUAAACUCCGACACUCCCUGCCUCUUUUAACCGGGACAAGCGAGCAGGAAUUAACCGACGUUUACCGUUUCUUGCACGGUCACACCGCGAACAACGGUCACCGGGGUGCGCGAAGCUGGCGCAUAGGACGUAGAACCGUCGUUCCUAAAGCAGACCUGAACCACGAAGGAGCAAACGCGUACAAAGAGAUUAUCGUGAAAGACCUGAUCAGGCAGGUGGUGACAUUUCUCCCUGUUGAAGACAGCAGGGAUGGGCAGGUUAUUUUCAGGAAAGGUAAUAUCUAUCAGAUCCAGCUACAGCUAAAAGCAGAUGACUGGGUGCUGUCUCUCUGUCCCUUGAGGCCAGAUGAGUGGCACAGUGAUGGUGUGGCCUACCCAAAUCUGUCCUGGCUGACAGCAGAGCUACUCCCUAAACUAGCACGCUGGGCCACAGAGAGUAAGGCCAGUGAGUUCAAGAGCACCCUGUCCCUCAUUCCCAUUGAGAAGUACAGCGUUUUGUACCAGGAACUGAAGAGCAAAUACAAAGAGAUGGUCAAGGUCUGGCCAGAAGUUACUGAUCCUGAGAAAUUUGUGUUUGAAGAUGUUGCUAUUGCUACUUAUCUCCUGGUUUUGUGGCACGAGGAGCGUGCUGAAAAAGGACUAACAUCUAAACAGUCUUUUGUGGAUCUGGGCUGUGGAAACGGCCUCCUGGUUCACAUCUUAAACAACGAAGGGCACCCUGGAAAAGGCAUCGAUGUGCGCAAACGGAAAAUCUGGAGCAUGUAUGGACCCGAUACACACCUAGAGGAAAAGGCAAUCACACCCAGCUCCAGUUUCCUCUUCCCCGAGACAGACUGGCUGAUUGGAAACCACUCGGAUGAACUCACGCCAUGGAUCCCUAUUAUAGCCGCCAGAUCGUCCUACACCUGCCGCUACUUUGCGCUCCCCUGCUGUUUCUUUGAUUUGUGUGGGAAGUACCAGCGGCGGCACUGUAAGAAGUCUCAAUACAGAGAAUACAUAGACUUCAUCUCUGAGGUCAGCACAGCCUGUGGCUUCCAAACAGACGAAGACUGCCUGAGGAUCCCCUCCACCAAACGGGUAUGCCUGAUUGGUAGGAGCAGGACGUACGAACGGACCGAAGAAGGGCUAGCCGAAACCAGGAGAUCGGACUACAUCAGGGGCCGGCAGGCCUCGCACAGGGGCUCGGCUAACGGCGCUCCGGAAGACCCCGCCGGACCUCCUCGCCGUGGAGGCGGACUCGGGUCCGCCGAACCAGAAAGUGACUGGGGAACCGGCUUCAAGCCGAGGGACAAGGAGGAGCCGGUGAGGAACUGCGCCGCCCUGCCCAGGUGCUUUGUGGAGGGCGUGGUCCUGAAGGUGGCCACAGCCUUGCUGGGGCUCACCGCAGAGGCGGGAAAGGAGAAGGAUGAAGAGAGUGCCUGCUCGGACCAAGGUGGAAAUAAGUGGGAUGCAGGAGGCUCUCUCUCUAUCCGUGACGUGGCUGAGCUCUUGGGCCAGUGCACCUUGCAGGAGCUGAAGAAAGAGUGCGGAGGUCUACAGACUCUGCUGAAAAACAGCCACCAGGUGUUCAGAGUUGAGGCUGGAAGGGUUCACAUCAGAGACUGGCGGAGAAGUGGUCCAGCUCAGGCCACGCAGGCCACCUCAAAGCGCAAAAACCAAAUGUCAGGAGCCCGGAAAACCAGACUCUGCUGGUUCCACACGCACCAUCCCCAUGGAUGUCCGUUAUCCAUAGAAGACUGCGCGUUUGCACACGGGGAAGAGGACCUGCAACCCUCCACACGACCCCUGAAAAAGUUCAGGAACUGACUACGGUCAAAAUGAAGAACUUUCAACCUGAAACUUUGAUUUGCGUGUUCAGGAAGACAGUGAUGUCUUUUUUUUUUUUUUUUUAUGCUCAUCUUGGUGAACUGUGUUCUGUUUUAGACUUUAGACAAGUGUAUUGAAGCUGUGUGUAAAUAAUCCAUCUUGGAAUCUUGUUUAUCUGAUCUUAUUUAUUCAGCCACAAAACAAACUGAAUUCCUCAAGCCAAUAUUUGAGGUUUAAGACAGAAAUAGAACAAUAAACACCUUUUUGAAAGCAAUCACCUUGUUGGCGUGUGUGUGUGUGUGUGUGUGGUGGGGACUUUCUGAUUGUCUGUUUGGAAGGGCAUGUUUUCAGUAAAUGUUAAAGGCAUAAAUAAUUUGGAGCUCUGUGUAGGGGGCAGGUCUGUUUUUGCCCCUCUGCUCAAAUGUCACAGGACAGGAUAUUCUUCUCUAGCCAGUAGAGUCAGCCAAGGUCACUGUCUCAAGCUCACUGUGGAGGACAAGGAACUUAUGUUUCCUGUACUUGACUUUAAAAAAGACAGAAAAGCAAAGCAGCGGACAUGGGAGAACAGCAGUACAGGACCAAGGUCAAGCAUUAAGAUCAUUCCUUGCCUUACAUGUACAAUGUGUACAACAUUCUCAUUAUUUUUAACAACACAUUAGCUUUUAGGUUUGUUGUACAUAUAAUAAAAGUUCACAAACUCCAUCAGCAUUGACGUUGGAGAUUUUGCUCAGCACAUUUUAAUAUCUUGAUGGUGGAUAUUAUAGUUGUCUUGCUGAGAAAUAUUCUCAUGGGGUUUUGGUGCAGUAAGACCGACUUAUACUAAACUGUGGA